AUGGGAUAUAAGAUAUAUUCUAACUCUGACUUAGUUCAAACAGUAACAUGGGCAAACUAUGAAUGGUUCGCUUUGAGAAACUCAGUACAACCACAAGCUAGAGAACAAACAGACCAGUAUGCAACUAUUGAGAAAAUAAGAAGACUUGACCCUAACGUUCCAGGAGUUUAUGUUAACCUUUCUGAACAAACUGCAGCAGCAGUAACCAAAGUAAAACUGAAACUUAGAGUUCCUUUGUCAUCUUUCCUCAUCUUCAGGUUUUUAAGAUACUUGCCAAACUGGGCAGGAAAAAUUUCUAUUGAACUUACUCCAAGCAAAAAUAACUUAGUCAUUGCACCAACACAAGACCCAUUCACUAUUACAGACGUAAAGGGAACAAAUCAAACGUCAUUCGCCGACUUUUGCAAAGACAAAGUUGACUUAGACUUUGGUUUCUCAAACCUCAACACUGAAGUAAACUAUUAUUUCAAUGCUGCUGGAACUGCUUGGGACCCAGUUAAGUUCACAUGCGAAAAGUUUGAAUGCAAGAGAAUAGAAAGCAGACUUGCAGUCUAUAUGUUGGACCCAGAUAUUUCAAAUGCUUUAGCUGCCAAAUAUAUUGCAGUUCCACUUAUGUUCCCUAUACACCAAAUAUCUGUCAAAGACUUUGCAGGUGAAGUUGGAAACCAAAGUGCUGACCCAGGUGCAAGAACAGAUAUUGCUUUAACAACUGCAAUGAAACAUGCAGAUACUAUGUUUGUACUGUUCAGACGAACUAUAAAUGACUAUUCUUGUUUCUACAACCCUGGUAUUAAAUAUCAUAUAAACAUAGAUGGCAAAUAUUAUCCAAGAGAAGAAUAUUCUACA